AUGUUAACUACCACAAUGCUCACCAAACAAGCAACCAAAGUUAAGCUUUGAAUAAUAAAGCUUUAAGUGUUUAGAUCAACAAUGGCAUCGUCACCUCCCAUCAACAUCUCAAAUUCUUCCAAACAUCACUGAUUUUGGGAAUGUUAACACACAAACUGUACGUAAUUUGUCUCUUAAGGUUAUUUCCAGCUUGAAGACAACAAUACUACGGUGAGAAAGUGAGAUUUUGGGAAGAAAUUCUGGUAUAGGCGGACGUAUUAACCGUCACUUAAAUGUAGUGAAGAUCUUAUGUCGUCAUAGCAAAUUGAGGCUAAGUUGAGGAAGUUCACGUGAAAUGAACGAAACACGAAGUCUCGGUAUUCAAUGUGAGAGCAGUAAGAGCACAGGUGUUCAGACUAAGCGACUUUCAAAAGAAGAGCUACGUUAUUACACGAAAAUCGUGGAAAAAGAGAAGCAAGUUUUGUUAUGCUAUAUCAAUGCAGCAAGAGAACACCCGGUGCUGAGGCAGCCUCAUUACAGAGUGAAUCUGCUACCAACACAGACAAAGACACAUAGUCAUAGAAAUAGCCAUGGCACACGCAAGAAGCGUAAGAGUAAAAAUAACAAGAGUAAAACAAAAGGAAAGGAUAUUGAUUUUGGCGAUCAAGAGAACACGAGUCAUUAUGUCUCUAAGAUUGUCGUAGAUGAUGCUACGCACUGCUUGAAGCUGCGAGUGAAGUCUUGUAAUCCGAAGAAAAGUCAGGAGUUGAAGGAGCUCAACAGCCUUCCCGUGCAGCCCGAGAGAACGCGAUCAAGAAAGGCAAAGCAGCCAAGAAGAUACAACAGGGGAUCGGAGUUGACAGAACUUGAAAAUAUGGAUGGUGAUAUGAAUGAGGUGGAAAAUAAGUCAACUAAUUGGGAGUCGUUAUCAUCAAGCCAACAAUCUCUCGAGCAAAACAGAGAAACAGCAAUUCCAAAACUGGAACUUACGAAACCUAAAAGUAAUAUCAUCAAUGAAAAUGAGGUGAAUAAAAUUCCGACAUCACCCGGCAUUACAACCCUCAAAACAAUAUCAAUCAAAGCCGAAGAUGAAAGUACAGACUGCUUAUUCGCUAAUAAGAAAUCACAUGGCAACCGUUCGAGCUCUCAUUCGUCCCCACUUCCAACAAUGACGUCACUACUUCCCCCAGUCCCCUCAGAUGAAGGCUCCCCGGAUUCCGACUCCCAUUAUCAAUCACCAAAUGAAGAUUCUGACGACAAUCAAUCUGUUUGUUCCGAGGAAUUUUUCAUCGUGGAAACACGCAAAGAUAAGCUAGAUGAUACAAAAAAGCCACAUUUAGUGAAUAUUGAAAUGACAAAAGAAUCAGAAUGCUAUGAUGGCUUAAACAAGACAAAUAUGGAACAGACAGAUAGAAAUUUAAGAAACGAACUUAAAAAACGACUUCAAGCCAACAUUGACCGUAAGUCAGUUGACGACAAUCAAUAUGAAAACAUGAAUACCGAGAAUGGAAAAGAAACUGCUGCAAGUGAACCCACCAGAAAUAUGCCAAGAGUAUUGCCGCAAGUCGUCACCGUUCAUUUCAAUGACACUCAAACACACAGCCAAAAAAUAAAUGCUGCAGAUUCGCACACUCCAUACAACGCCUAUCCUAUGGUUCGAGAUCCAUCAACCCUACCUUACGCCAAACCAUUUUCAACAACUUUACCGUACUCAAAGCCACCCGCAACAACCCUAGCCUAUCCUAAGUUAUCCGCAACGACCCUAACCCAUCCGGAGCCAACCCUACCCCACACUAAAUCAUCCCCUAUGACCAUACCUUACAGUAUGCCACCCUCUGCUGCCCUACCUUGCCCUACGUCGCCUACAAAGGCCCAGCCUUAUCAUAUGGUACCUACACAUACAGUUCCAAAACCAUUCACUGCAGCCUCAAUACCGCGACAUCCAACCGUACCCCAAACAUCCCUACCAAGAGUCCCACCGAUGAACCCCCCAUAUCCACCAUAUUACACUACCAAUGCCACUGGGAACUAUAAACAACAUGCUACCUAUCAAAUUCCUCUACCAAACGCGCGGACGUUCCAGCAGGAAAUUGAUGAAAACAAUGAAACCCUCAGGGGAGAUUAUGUUGGCUUUAUUCCAUCACAGGUUCCUCCACACUUCUUGGGAUCACCAGAGGACAGGAGAAGCAUGAGGGAAGUUGUAUCACUUAAUCCUGCAAAACAAGUAAUUCCACAUACGCCGGAAGCUUGCGCUAAUGGUGUUACGACCAAUGAGGGCUCGCCAUCAACUACCUGCGAUCCAACUGAUGUUAGAUUACACCCCCUUGAAAUUUCUUCCAACAACAGCACAAACGAAGGGGUUGCAAUAAUUAACCCUACUAAUUCAAAAGAAACUGGAAAUUCGGAAAUCAUUGAACUUGAUAAACAAGGCCAAAAAAGAAAACGUUUUAUCUUUGGCUCUCACGAACCACCAAAGAAGAAAGUAAUAUCAUCCCUACUUACCCCACUUUGCCAACGAGAAGCGACAAGAUUGGCUGAUGGGAUACAUGAAAUUAACAUGCAGUAUUUUCCUCUUCGUUCAUUGGCUCAGAAAGCAGCUAAUCGUGUCUCAGGAGAUACUGACGACGUGCUCAAACUGAUUGAACAAAAGAUGCAACUCAAGACAAAAAUCCAGGAUGUUGAAAAAGCCAGGAAUCUCCUCAAAGAUAUCUACGACAUGGUGUUAAAAUCCAAGGAAAUUGAAGACAUUCAGAAUUUCGAGUUGGUCUCCCAUAAUUUUGGUGUGAGAAAUAUUUUAAACCAUCUCAGCUUGGUUGACCUAUAUUUCGGAGAACUUGGCACUGAGUUACAAUCCAAGAUAUAAAGCUUCAUAAUUAAAAAUUGACUAUUAUGGCCAGAACGAUGCGACGAUCUUAUAAAAGUGGCAAAUGUAUUAUAUUUUCUACCUACAUUUUCACAUAAUUUUGUUAUUACUUAUUUAGUUGUUUUGUGGAGAAGUCGCAUUUAUUAAUUUAAAGUUUGAUAUUGAUAGUCUGUUGUGUGUCGGCGGUUGUUGCAAGUUGGUGUUUGCACAUUCUUCAUCCGUGACUCUGUUAAGAGUUUCAAUAUGUAUUUGUUUUUCUCAAGUCAAGUAAAAUUUUCAAGAACUUGAUGCUACAUUAGUCAUAUAAUAUAGUGAUAUAAUAUAAUAUAAAAAUACAAAAAAU